AUGACGACUUUCUUGGAAAAAUCCAAAAGAGAAAUCGGGGAAGGGAAUCUAAAAAAAGUCUGGUUGGGGGUUUUUCAAAAUAAAUAUUUUUCAGAAUACAGUCACACCGAUAUCAUCCAAUGCAUGGUGUUCAAUCCAUGUAACCAGAUCCUAUUGACUUGCGCCUUGAACGAAUUCGGAUUAUGGUCCACAACCAAUAAGAAUGUGAUAAAACAACGGAGCAAUGCGAGGUGUUGUAGUUGUGCAUGGAAUACAGAUGGAACGGUUUAUGCAAUUGGUCAUGGAGAUGGAACGAUAACUUUGAGGAAGGGCACGAGUGUGACCGAAGACCCAUCUGUCAUUAUCCAACGGGACCAUAACGAACCCGUUUGGGGUAUCUCAUUCUCUUCAAACCGUCAAUUUGCUCCACGUGAUUCACAAGGAAAUGUGACAUCGGUUGAUGAGAUAAUGGCUGUAAUUGACUGGAACAAAACACUCUCUUUCUACACUUUGGAAGGAGAGUUGAAGGAUUCGAAACAGUUGGAUUAUGAACCCCAUUGUAUGAGUUAUUGUUUGAAUGGAGAGUAUUUGUUGGUUGGAGGAUCCAAUAAGAAGUUGACCAUUUACACAAGAACUGGAGUCCCCCUUGGCAUAGUCUGCCAAAUGGACCACUGGAUCUGGUCGGCUUGCGUCCGUCCAAACACCAAUGUAAUCUCUAUUGGAUGUGUGGAUGGAACGGUUUCAUGCUACAGUAUGGUGUUUUCAACGGUUCAUUGUGUGGAUCAUGCGAGAUAUGCAAUGAGAAAAUCAAUGACCGACGUAUAUGUUCAAAACCUGGAAUUCCGAACGAGUUGUCAGAUUCGAUGUUCCGAUCUUGUCAAGAAAAUGUCGCUUUAUGACACAAAGCUAGCGAUUCAACUAUCUGACAAAAUUCAAAUUUAUAAACAAACGUCUGGAUUAACAAGAACGGAUCGGAGGAAAUAUCUGAAGUACACACUACAGGAUACGAUAAGGAAGGAUUUGAAUUCGUCAUUGAUGGUUGUUACACAUGGUCAUUUGGUAGUUUGUAAUGAUGAGAAAUUGGAAUGUUAUGAUUUCAAGGGAAUUCGCAAACGGACGUGGAAUAUGAAAUCGAUUGUCAGGUAUUUGAGAGUUCUCGGCGGUCCCGCUCACCGUGAAACACUUGUCCUUGGAACAUCAGAUGGGGGUGUCUAUAAAAUUUUCAUUGACAACGACUAUCCGAUUCUUCUGGACACUCGAAAAACGGCCAUCAAAUGUAUAGAUAUCAAUGCAAACCGGACAGUUUUAGCCUCAAUAGAAGACACUUUAGUGUGUAAAUGGUCAGAUAUCAAUACAGGAGAGACACUGCUCCAAGAGCCCGGAUGUCACAGUGUUGUAUUUAAUACACUGAAUGAGAACCUGUUUGCUUUCACUACAAAUAACACACUUCAUGUUCGAACCCUCACUUCACCUGGACACAUUUCUCGAGGAGUUGGAUACGUGUUGGGAUUUGUGAAGAAUCGAACGUUUUGUCUGGUACAAUACAGUUUGCAACCGUUGGAAGUGCCUUAUACUUUACAAUUGUAUCAGUAUAUUGAGAAAAAUAAUUUCAAAGAAGCCAUCCGCGUAGCUUGUCUCGGUGUCGUGAAGAAUGACUGGGUGUAUAUGGCUGAGAAGGCGUUGAAUGCUCUAGAACUGAAAGCUGCUCACACUUGCUACAGAAAACUUCGAGAUAAGAAAAUGAUGAUGAUGGUUCAUGAGUUAAUGAAACUUCAAAAACAAGGAGAACCAGAAGUGAUCAUUCGUGCCAUGAUAUGCGCGUAUCGAAAGAAAUUCCGAGAUGCUUCGUCGAUUUACAAACAGAAUGGAUAUGAGAACAAGGCGAUGGAGCUGUUCACUGAUAUGCGAAUGUUUGAUGAUGUGCAGGAAGUAAUGACAACAGCAUCUGGAGAAACUAAAAAGAUGUUGAUGAGAAAAAGAGCAAGUUGGGCGCGAGACGCGAAUCAGCCGAAAAUUGCAGCAGAAAUGCUCAUUUCGUCUGGAGAUUUGGAUAAGGCAACAGUGCUGAUUAUUGAUAAUGAUUGGUUGGAAUUAGCCAUUGAAAUCUCGCACAAAAUCGACAAAAGCGAUUUGGAGACGAUGAAAAAGUUGUCGUCGUAUUUUAUCAGAAAACACGAAUUCGGGCUUGCUUCGAGAAUAUUCCAGACUAUAAAUGAUAUGAAAUCCAUUGUCGAUAUGCAUGUCAACGCUGGACACUGGACUGAUGCGUUUGCAAUUGCGGACCGUCAUCCGAAAUACGUGGAAGAUGUGUACCUACCGUAUGCCAGAUUCUUAGCAGAAAGGGAUCGUUUUGAAGAAGCACAAAAAGCAUUUCAUCGAGCUGGAAAAGAAGAAGAAGCCAUGCAUGUACUGGAACAACUUACGACGAACGCGGUUAAUGAGAAUAGAUUUGCUGAUGCGGGGUUAGUUAAAUUACAAUUCUACUACUGGCUGCUGAGUCAACAAUAUUUGGAUCGAAGUCAAUCUGAAGAGAAUUUGACACUUCUGAAUAAAGCAAAAGAAGCAGCACAGUUUGCCGAAGCAUAUUACGCUUAUCAUCCAGUUUUCAUGUUUUGUAGUCAACCAUUCUCUUUCGAGCAAAACGAGAACAUCCUCAAUAUGGCCAGAUUUUUGACCUUCACCCCGUACAUUGAGAAUAUUUCUAAAGUAUUCGUCUAUUAUACAAUUGCAAAACUUGCCAAUGAAAUGGGCGCCUAUAAAUCUGCAAGAACAGCACUGGAUCAUUUAACUCGGUUGAGAGUUCGACCGAAUUUCGAAUUGGAUGGACAAAUUGAGACAAUGACUUUGAAUAUUAGAGCGAAACCGUUUACAGAUGUCGAGAAUAUGCAGCCAAUGUGUUAUAGAUGCGGCCUAAACAACCCGUUUCUUGGUGGACUGACUUGUAUCCAUUGCGAAACUCCAUUCAUUUUCUCAUUCGUCUCAUUUGACGUCCUCCCUUUAAUUGAAUUCAAAAUUGAACAAGAUAUCACUUUCGAGGAAGCAAAAGAGCUUAUCGAGAGUGAGCCUCCACUAACAGACGACGAUUUCAAUCCAUUGAGGUCAAUGAAAAAGGGUCAAAAAGAAAUUAUACUGAAUCGGGAUUCAUUGGCAAGACUUGAACGAGGUCAUGUCAUUAUUCAAACUUUUCCACCUCCACUUGCCCCAAAAUUCCUUUUCAAUGUGAUGCCAAGUAUCACGAUUGCGCAGUGUAAAGGGUGUAAUAAGGUAUUCGACCUGGAUGAUUUCGAAAUGGCUUGCCUCCGAAAGGGACACUGCCCGUUCUGUCGAACAUCUUAUGAUAGAAACGAAGCAUUUUUCGUGGAAGAUGAAGAAGAGGAGGAGAACAACUCGAGUGUCCCAAGUUUUGGACAGUUCUCUAGAUUUUCAUGA